AUGCUACCCUACAGCAGCAGUACGUCAGCCUUGUCGUCCAAGACGCCGUCGUUGAGUUCCUUUUCGACGAGCAGUUCUUCAACAACAUCGUCAGAUAAUGGAAGCAGCAUUGCCAGUCGUCGUGGUCAACAUGCGGUAUCCCUGCUCCCGACCUACUUGGCAGAUGCGCGUGCCGUUCAGACAUAUGACAAGGACACGGCUCCCAAUGGGGCACUCCAGUUGGGUGUGGCAGAAAGUCAAUUGGUAGAAGACUUGUUGGUACCAAAACUCAAUCAAUGGGCGCGCGAGAUUCCCUUUACGGCCGACGGAAUCUAUUAUCAACCCACCCCGGGACGACCCGGCAUGAAAUUGGGUAUGGCGGAAUACAUGAAGGAUUUGUUACAAUUGCCCGUGUUGCCCGAUACCGAUGGAAUUAUCGUGGGAGCGGGAUGCAAUGCCGUUUUGGAAAAUCUCUGUUUUGCACUGGCAGAACCGGGAGAUACCUGUCUGAUUCCCACACCCUAUUAUGCCGCUUUUGAAUUCGAUUUGGUCGCCCGUGCCGGAUUGAACAUUGUGCCCGUUACUACCAUGGACUAUGCCAAUUGCGACAGCACUGACACAACAAGUACAAGUAGUGUCGACGAAGCCAUGUAUUAUCCCACCCCGGCCGCGUUGGAUGCCGCUUUCGCCAAGGCUACGACACCCCCCAAAGUGUUAUUACUCAGUCAUCCCCACAAUCCUCUCGGCAUUUGUUAUCCGCCCCAUGUCAUUCAAGACUGCAUUGACUGGUGUCGAUCCAACCGGGUUCAUCUCAUUAGUGACGAAAUUUACGCCGGAUCCGUGUAUCGCCCGGAGGACGCCAAUUUUGUGUCGGCUCUGCAAUUGGCUUCCUCUGGCGGCACUGAUGACAAUGACGAUGGUCCACUCGGAUUGGGUCCCUACAUUCAUUGGGUCUACGCGCUGUCCAAAGAUUUUGCCUUGUCGGGAAUGCGGGUCGGAGUCGCCUAUUCCGAAAAUCCAGAGAUUCGAAUGCCACUCCAAAAAAUGAAUGACAUGUGUCAAAUCAGCAGUCACACGCAAAUGCUCGUCCAGGAAAUGAUGACUGCUGACGCUGACUCUGGCGAGGACAACAAAAAAUGGACCACUGUCUUUCGGCAGGCCCAUCACGAUCGAUUGCGAGCGCGUGGCGAUACAUGGCAAUCGUUAUUGCAAGAACUGGAAAUUCCUCAUUUGCCCGCCGUCAGUGGCUUGUUUUGUUGGAUGGACUUGUCGGAAUUUUUGGAGGCGGGUGACGACACGGAAGAAGAACGAGAACGGGCCCUCUACUUGACCAUGGUCAAUGACUUUGGAUUGCUCUUUACACCCGGAUUGUCCAUGCGCAACGAACGACCCGGGUUCUUUCGAUGUGUCUUUUCUGCUGCUACCGAGGACGAAUACAAACUCGCGUUGACCCGAUUUCGUACGUUUGUACAACAGCAACGUGGUGUGUAA